AUGUCUUGUGACCAGGCCGAAAGUGUCAUCAAGAAAAUAAUCCGCGAAAUCGGACAAGAAUGCGCCGCCCAGGGACAAACCGUUUCUGAAACCUUGGUGGCGUUCCUGGUGAAAGCUGUUGUUUUAGAUCCAAGAAAUGACUUCAGUGUGGAUCAAAUCCUUACAAAAAAAGAAGUGCAAAAUCUUACCCAGCUCUGUGUUACCAGGCUGCUUGACACAACAAACCCAUCCCUGAGCACAAUUAAGAUGCAAGUUUACUUUGAUAUGAACUAUGCAAACAGAGCUGAAUUACUCAGUGAGCAGCACCGUGUUCUGGAGGGAAGGCUGGCUCCUGUGGUCAGAGAUAUCACAGAUAGUUGUCCUCGUGUGCAAGAAGAAGUGGAGAAUGUGUAUCGAAAGAUUGUGAGCUAUGUGCUGCUAAGGUCUGGCCUGGGAUCGCCAACAGAUAUCGAGGUUGUCAGGGAGGUAACAGCUGCCUUGCAGAGUGUAUUCCCCCAGACAGAGAUGAUUACUUUCAUCUCACUCAGUAAGAAGAACAAAGAGCAACAGCUGAAAAAUCUUGCCAUGCUGGUCACAGGAAUUCGGUUGUACAACAAGGAAUGCAGGAAAGGAGGAAGCAGCAUUGAUGACUUGCCAGCCAUUCUGAAUGAAGCCAUUCCAUCAGCUACCCGGGCUGUUGAUGAAAGUCUUAAUACUUGCCAUAAGCUAGCCCACCAGUACACAGCUCUGUUGGAAUCCAUGCAGGAAGACCAACACAGAUAUACACAGCUUAGUUCUUUUAAAUUAAAAGAAGCACUGUUCAAUGUGAGACAAUAUGAGGCCUUCCUUUGCAUCCUUCUGUCUGAUGCAAUUACAAGUGCUCAAGAAGUUGAAAAGAUGAAUGUGCAGUUUGUAGCGACAGUGGAGCAGUUGAAAAACACAGUGCAGAAUAAGGUUUCCAUAGAUACCAAAGAAGUUUUUCCUCUCUUUGUUGCACUUUCUAACCUCUGGACCAGCUUUCAGGAUCAGAUACUACUGCUAAGCUUCCUCACAGAUAUGACUAACAAUCUGCAACAGUUCUCGGAAAUCCAAUCACAGCUUUUUCCUGAGGAAGUGCUAACUUCUCUUCUGGAAGGAGUGACUGUGAAAAGUGAUGAGGAAAGGAUAAGAGAAACCAUGGGAACCAGAGUGAAUGUUUCUGAUUUCAAGAACCAAGAAUGGCUUUUUCCAGAGACUACUGAUAAUUUUGAUCAGUUGCUAAUCCAGUACCAUGGUUUCUGUGCACAUGCAAUUGGUGUGAGAGGCCUCACCCUCCCAGGAAAUCCCGCUAUUGGAAUUUUGAAGCACAAGGAGAGAUGUUAUGUUUUCAGUUGCAAAGAAGCUGCAUACAUCUUUGCUCAAGAUCCGGAUAAGUUCAUUCAACUGAACAUCGAAAAAGCAAAAGAACAUGCAGAGCUAAUUCAACUGCUUGAGCUUCGUCAUCAGGUUGAAUACUUUGCUCCUUAUGCGCAGGCCAGAAAUGCAGACAAAUGUUUGAAACCAACCACAAAAUGUGACAGUAGUACUCAAACUGAUACUCAUAUCUUGCCUCCAACUAUUGUGACAUCCUACGAAUGGAAUGAAUGGGAACUCAGAAGAAAAGCUAUAAAAUUGGCCAAUUUGCGCCGCAAAUUAACCCGUGCCAUGCAGACUGAUCUCAGCCAUAUGAGAAGAGAGAACUCCACCCAAGUGUACUUGCCAAAAGAUGUCAGCACCCAGACUAAGCGUGACAACUCAAGCAAUGUACCCAGACCACAGAUUUUCUUGGAAGGUCUCCAAGGAGGAUCUUCUCCUACUACUCAUAUGGUCAAAGUAGACUUAACAAGAGCAGUAGCUGAAACCUAA